CCUCAAACUCACCACCAACAACCUCUAGCGAACCUCGGGAGGACGUAACGAGAAGCCAGAUUGGAGUUCCGCUUGCGAUAGGCAUAAUGGAGGACCUGAUCGCGCCCUUGAUCAACCGAACGACGGAGCAAAUGGCCGCAGUCCACGAAUCCCAAAGAGCUCUGGAGUCGGAGUUAGACCGCCUACUUGCGCAAUUGAGUCACUACGUCAAUACCACAGAGCCCUUGGCACUUCGUUCGACGGUCGUGAAGCUCGCGGAUACCCAAAAGCGACUGGUUGGUGUCAACAAAGUGUUGAAGACUGUGCAGGAGAGAUUGAAUAGGAUACUUGUGGAUAUCGCUGGGAAACAGUUACAGAGAGCGAUUCGAGAGUGAGGCAUGGCCAAGGAGGUCAUUUUUAAGGCAGCGCAGCCGGCACGACGCGCGGUCCGAUUGCUUGAAGAAGCAGAUGCGGCCGCCGUCCAUGCCACGAUAUAACGCUCUGCGGCACGUCCUGUCUGUAUGUUGGCUUCUGGGUUAUGGGAAGCAGUACUUGGCUCCAACUCCGACAUGGGCUUCUCCGUUAGGGACAUGACAUAUUGCCAUCAAUGCGCCGGAG